AUGGAUACGACCGUGUGUGUGUGCUGCCCCUGCUGCCCCUGGGUGCUGGGCUACCCCGAUCCCUGCUCCUGUCUCUGCUGUAAGUUCCUCUUCACCUCCGAGCGGAACUGCACCUGCCUCCCCUGCCCGUACAAGGAUGAGCGCAACUGCCAGUGCUGCCACUGCACCUGCUCCGAGCACCCCAACUGCCACUGGUGCUGCUGCUCCUGGGCCAACGACCCCAACUGCAAGUGCUGCUGCACGUCCAGCAACAACCUGCAGUGCUACUACUAUGAAAGCCGCUGCUGCCGCCGCGCCACCAUCACCUUCCGCAAGGGCCGCCUCAAGACCAUCCGCACCUCCUCCAAGACUGCGCUGCACUUCGGCACAGACAGCGACUGCCAGCUGCCCGAGGUGAAGACGAUCCCCAAGGACAGCCAGCUGGUGGCCCACCUGCUGUGCCCGCUGUGCAACCGCCUGCGCCUGCACUCCUUUAUGCUGCCCUGCCACCACAGCCUGUGCGGCAAGUGCCUGCGGCACCUGCAGAAGAGGGCCGAGGUGACCGAGAACUUCUUCAUCCUCGUCUGCCCCGUGUGCAACCGCUCGCACUGCGUGCCCUACAGCCACAAGAUGCACCUGCCCGAGAACUACCUGCGGGGCCGCCUCACCAAGCGCUACAUGCAGCAGCACGGCUACCUCAAGUGGCGCUUCGACCGCUCCAGCGGGCCCAUGCUGUGCCAGGUGUGCCAGGGCCGCCACAUCGCCCACAAGCGCUGCACCACCUGCCACCUCAACCUGUGCAACGACUGCCUCAAGCGCAUGCACUCGGACGUGACCAUGCAAGACCACGUGUUCGUGGAUUGCGGCCCCGAGGACCAGGACGAGAAGAUCUGCAUCUACCACCCGUCCAGCCGCAUCAUCGAGUACUGCCGCAACGACGACGAGCUGCUCUGCGCCUUCUGCAAGGCGUCGCUCCACAGCGGCCACGACACCGUGACGCUCAUCGACGCCUGCUCCGAGCGAGCUGCUGCCCUCUUCAGCGCCAUCGCCAAGUUCAAAGCAGUCCGAUAUGAAAUCGAUAAUGACCUCAUGGAGUUCAACAUCUUAAAGAGCAGCUUCAAAGCUGACAAGGAGAUCAAACGGAAAGAGAUUCGCCAGGGGUUCCUCAAGCUGCGCAGCAUCCUUCAGGAGAAAGAGAAACUCAUCAUGGAGCAGAUUGAGAACCUGGAGGUGGCCAGGCAGAAAGAGAUCGAGAAGUACGUGGUCGUCACCACCAUGAAGGUCAACCAAAUGGACGGCCUGCUCGCCUACUCCAAGGAGGCGCUCAAAGAAACCGGCCAAGUGGCAUUCCUGCAGUCGGCCCGGAUCCUGGUGGACCAGAUUGAAGAUGGCAUCCAGAGCACCUACAGGCCCGACCCCCACCUCCGCGUGCACUCCACACACUGCAUGCCUUUGGAUUUCACAGAGCUUUCCAGCGCCAUCCAUCAGCUCUUCCCCACAGAACCCAAGAAGGAGGAGACUUCCUCUGGGGAAUCCCUGCCCUCCCCCUACCCCGUACAAUCGGACAUGAUGAUCACCAGGAAGGUUACCUUCAGCACCCACAGCUUUGACAACCAGCAGAUAUUCCAGCGCAGCUCCUCCUUGAUGUCCUGCAACAAGGGUGGUGAUAAGAUCAGGAUGGGGUUGGAGGUCUAUGGGCGAGCCCAGUCAGCUACCCCUGCCAAACCCUCCGAUGGCCUCUACACUUACUGGAGCACCACGACUGAAGCUCCGAUCCAGCCUACGGAGAAGAGCAACAGUUUCCACAACUGGUACACGUUCACUGAAGGAUCUGUGAAGACCCCAGGCCCCAUUGUUAUCUACCAGACACUGGUAUACCCAAGGGCUGCAAAGAUUUACUGGACGUGCCCCACCGAAGACGUGGAUUCCUUUGAGAUGGAAUUCUACGAACUUGUUAACACCCCUCCGAACAAUGUGCGGACAGAGCUCUGUGGACAGGUCCAGGACAUAAUGCAGCAGAGCCUGGAGCUUCACAACCUGACCCCCAACACCGAGUACCUGUUUAAAGUGAGAGCCAUCAAUGACAACGGCCCCGGACAGUGGAGUGACAUCUGCAAGGUGACCACACCUGAUGGACGUGGCAAGAACCGAGCCAAGUGGGGUCUGCUGAAGAAUAUCCAGACAGCCCUCCAGAAGCGCUUCUGA